CGAAUCGAUUACCAAAAAACGAAUUUCACUAUAAUCACAUUUAAAUUGAUUAUUUAAUCUUUAAAAUAUAUUCAAUAAAAUUGCUGUGUAUUAUUAUAAACGAAUAUUUCUUUUUAUUUAUAUAUUUAUUUUUUGUGAAUAAAGUCUAUGACCUUUGUAUUUUAAUACGUGAAGAAAAAUGUUAUUUUAGGAACACAGCGUGUUUCUACCGGGCCAUGAAACAUAACCUGGGCAUUUGCUUUCAUGCGUUGUGGUUCGAGUAAUGUUGUAGCUGUAACCUAAUGUUAAAUGUAUCACAGUUAUUACAUUAACGAAUGAAUGAUAUUGUUGUUAAUAAGAUCUAUAUUUAUGUAGUACAGGACAUCAAAAUAUGAAAAUCAGUGUUGACGGUUUACUAGUAUAUUUUCCUUAUGAUUAUAUUUAUCCAGAACAAUAUGCAUAUAUGCUUGAACUCAAACGAGGCCUGGAUGCAAAAGGCCACUGUUUAUUGGAAAUGCCGUCAGGCACUGGCAAAACUAUUACUCUAUUAUCGUUAAUUGUAGCUUAUAUGUUGGAAAAUCCAUUAGAUAUAACAAAAUUAAUUUAUUGUUCCCGUACUGUGCCAGAAAUCGAGAAAGUUAUUGAAGAGUUAAAGAAGCUUAUUGACUACUACGAAAAAGAAACUGAAAGUAAACCUAAGAUUGUUGGCUUGGUGCUUAGUUCUAGAAAAAAUAUGUGUAUUCAUCCUGAGGUAAGCAGAGAGCGGGAAGGUAAAAUUGUUGAUGGACGUUGCCAUUCUCUAACAGCAUCAUACAUUCGUGAAAGACAUAAUUAUGAUGAAACCACUCCCAUCUGUAAUUUCUAUGAAGGAUUUGACAUGGAAGGUAAAGAACAGAUUGUGCCUCCUGGUAUAUAUUCAAUUGAUGAUUUAAAGGAAUAUGGAAGAGAUCGUAAUUGGUGUCCAUACUUUCUUGCAAGGUUUACAAUAUUACAUGCUCAAAUUGUAGUGUACAGUUACCAUUAUUUGUUAGAUCCAAAAAUUGCUGAAACUGUAUCAAAAGAAUUAAGUAAAUCUUCUGUUGUAGUAUUUGACGAAGCUCAUAAUAUAGAUAAUGUAUGUAUUGAUUCGAUGAGUGUAAAAAUAAACAGGAGACUAUUGGAGAGAAGUUCUGGUAACAUACAGCUCCUUGAGAAGACAGUAGCAGAGAUGAGAGAAGAUGAUGUAAAUAAAUUAAAGGAAGAAUAUGAGAGAUUAGUAGAGGGAUUAAAGGAUGCACAAGUGGCAAGAGAGACUGAUAUUAUUUUAUCUAAUCCUGUUUUACCAAAUGAAGUUUUAAAUGAGGUGGUUCCCGGUAACAUAAGAAAUGCAGAACACUUCGUUAGUUUUUUAAAACGAUUUGUAGAAUAUUUAAAAACACGUUUGCGCGUACAACACGUAAUGCAAGAAUCACCUGCUGCAUUUUUAAGAGAUAUACAAUCAAAAGUUUCAAUAGAACGUAAACCUUUAAGGUUUUGUGCUGAACGAUUGGCGUCGCUCUUACGUACUAUGGAGAUAACUGAUUUAACUGAUUUUUCACCAAUAAUUUUGGUGACACAUCUUGCAACACUAGUUUCAACAUAUACAAAAGGAUUUACCAUUAUUGUAGAACCUUAUGAUGAUAAAACACCGACGGUCUUGAAUCCAAUUCUUCAGUUUAGUUGCUUAGAUUCAUCAAUCGCAAUGAAACCUGUAUUCGAUAGGUUUCAAUCUGUAGUGAUUACUUCAGGAACAUUGUCUCCUUUAGAUAUGUACCCUAAAAUAUUGAAUUUUCAUCCAGUUAUAAUGUCAUCUUUUACAAUGACAUUAGCUAGACCAUGUCUUCUACCUAUGAUUGUAUCGAAAGGUAAUGAUCAAGUUGCAAUUUCAUCAAGAUAUGAAACAAGGGAGGAUGUUGCUGUUAUAAGAAAUUAUGGUCAAUUAUUAGUUGAGUUUGCAUCUACUGUUCCCGAUGGAUUAGUUUGCUUUUUUACCUCGUAUUUGUACAUGGAAUCUGUUGUGGCUGCAUGGUAUGACCAAGGUGUUGUAGACCAACUUCAGAGGCAUAAAUUAUUAUUUAUUGAAACUCAAGAUUCUGCAGAAACGAGUUUAGCACUUAUUAAUUAUAUAAAGGCUUGUGAAAGUGGAAGAGGUGCUGUUCUUCUUUCAGUAGCACGUGGGAAAGUAUCAGAAGGUGUAGAUUUUGAUCAUCAUUUAGGAAGAGCUGUUCUGAUGUUUGGAAUUCCUUAUGUAUAUACACAAUCACGUAUUUUAAAAGCACGUUUAGAAUAUCUUCGUGAUCAAUUUCAAAUUAGAGAAAAUGAUUUUCUAACAUUUGACGCAAUGAGACAUGCAGCACAAUGUGUUGGACGAGCAAUUAGAGGAAAAACCGAUUAUGGUAUAAUGGUAUUUGCAGAUAAGAGAUUUUCAAGGAUAGAUAAACGAAGUAAAUUACCAAAAUGGAUACAGGAGCAUUUAACAGAUAAUUUGUGCAACUUGUCCACAGAAGAAGCUGUACAGAUAAGUAAACGUUGGUUACGACAAAUGGCACAACCGUUCACCCGUGAAAACCAAUUAGGAUUUUCAUUGUUAACGCGAGAACAACUUGAAAAAGAGGAAUACAGUAAAAUUGAACAACAAGCGCAGCAAAAUUAAGUAUUAUAUUUGUAACAAAUAGUUUGUGUCCUUUUUUUAUCAAAUCUAGUGAUAUUAUAACGUGUAAAAACGUACUAUAAUUAUAUUUUAAUAAUUUAUAUUUUACACGC